UCACAGGUAUUUAAGGUGUGCAGAACUGUAGGAGCUGGCCAUUGUGGCAUAGACAGAGACCAGAGCGCUUCUCAUUUCCCACGCUGUCCAUGGAUUUUGUUGCUGGGGCCAUUGGAGGAGUCUGCGGAGUUGCUGUGGGCUACCCUCUGGACACAGUGAAGGUGAGGAUCCAGACUGAGGCCAAGUACACAAGCAUCUGGCACUGCAUCCGGGACACGUAUCGUCAAGAGCGGGUGUGGGGCUUCUACCGGGGCCUCUCACUGCCUGUGUGCACGGUGUCCCUGGUGUCAUCCGUAUCCUUUGGCACCUACCACCACUGCCUGGCUCACAUCUGCCGCUUCCGGUACGGCAGCACUGACGCCAAACCCACCAAGGCUGAUAUCACACUCUCAGGAUGCGCCUCUGGCCUUGUGCGGGUGUUCUUGACAUCACCCACUGAGGUGGCCAAGGUCCGCCUGCAGACACAGGCCCAAGCGCAGCCACAGCAGCGGCGGCCCUCAGCCUCCUGGACGUCAGCAGCGGCUCCUGCUUUGUGUCCCGCACCCACUGCGUGUCUGGAGCCCAGGCCCAAGUACCGUGGGCCACUGCACUGUUUAGCCACAGUGGCCCGUGAGGAGGGGCUUCCGGGACUCUACAAGGGCAGCUCAGCUCUGCUCCUUCGUGAAGGUCACUCCUUUGCCACCUACUUUCUCUCCUAUGCCAUGCUCUGUGAGUGGCUCACCCCUGCUGGCCGUAGCCAGCCAGAUGUCCUAGGUGUGCUGGUGGCUGGAGGCUGUGCUGGGGUCCUGGCCUGGGCCGUGGCCACCCCCAUGGAUGUGAUCAAGUCACGCCUGCAGGCGGAUGGGCAGGGCCAGCGGCGCUACCGGGGCCUCCUGCACUGUGUGGUGACCAGCGUGCGGGAGGAGGGCCCCAGGGUGCUCUUCAAAGGGCUGGCGCUCAACUGCUGCCGCGCCUUUCCUGUCAACAUGGUGGUGUUUGUGGCCUAUGAGGCUGUGCUGCGGCUCACUCAGAGAUUGUUCACAUAGGGAGGGGCCACCAGGCACAGCAGCAGCCAGGUCACAGCAGCUGGAGGCCAAGGGUGGGCUUAGGACCCCACAGGGCUGUCACUGGAACAGCACAGGGCCUUCAGUACAGUGACUUAGGUGAGGCCUGAGCUUGGCCUGCCCAGCUCCUGACCACAAAGUCAGGGGGCUUGAUCUGCCAUCUGCUUGGGGGUCUUGGGUCAAGGUUAUGUGGGUCUCCUUGAUGAGGAUAUGUGUCCUCAUAUGAGGAUAUGAGUCAUUUGUCACCGAGCAACUGUUCCUCCCUGAGUGUACUCCCUCGGCCACACCCAUGACUUCAGAGCAUACCCUCACCAACCCCACUCAACGUCCACCGCCUCACGCUGUUCCCAUAAGAGACAAGUGAGAGACCAGACAGCAAGCUGAGCCAUCUGGCUACAGGCUGGGCUUGUUCCCUGUCCUGGGCUGUCCAAGAGAGCUCAUUGUCCUCACUGGCUGGGGAACUGGUGUGGUGUUUCACGGGGUACCCACACGCACACUGCUUGGACCCUGGAACCUGGGUUAGGAGUGGCCGUCAAUAAAUGUUUCUGAGGUUGCUCA